CAAGCAGCCCACGCCCACCGUUUCUCUCCUAUUUUUUCUUCAAUCCUCACGCUUUCUUCUUCUUCUUAGAUUUCUCCAUCGAGCCCUUUGCUUUUCAGAUUUCUUAACCUUGACUUCCAAGUCAAACUCUUCGAUUCGUUUAUGGAUAUUACUUCCAUUUGUCUUUCUCACCAGAUCUGAAGCACCCACCCAUAUCCGAUUUCUCGUAUUCGAUUCACCGUAUUUCUCAAUUUUUGGGUCUAAACAGGUUAAUUCUAACAAUGGUGACGAUCAAAUUGGGAAUGCUCCAUUAUGUAAUUGACCAUGUCUACGGAGCGUUUAUGCACCGCACGAAGAUUACGCAACCCUUCUUCUCCCGAGGAUGGGGUGGUCACAAUCUCGAAUUGCUCGAGCGGAUUGUCAAACAGCUCUUCCCUCUUGAGGUUCAAGGUCAGAAUUGGCCACCGCCUUUGGUUCGUCCCGUUUGGAAGACUGUCUGGGAGACAAAGACCGCUACUUUGAGAGAAGGUGUUUUCCAGACUCCCUGUUGCCAUGAGCUUGCCGCUGCUUUGCCUCCUGAGUCUCGCACCGCCAGAGUUGCUUGGCUUGUCCCCAAAAACGUUCCUCCCCAAAAGAUGGCCUGUGUCGUUCAUCUUGCAGGCACAGGUGAUCAUACAUAUGACCGAAGGCUGCGUCUGGGUGGACCUUUGGUGAAACAAAACAUUGCAACGAUGGUGCUGGAAAGCCCUUUCUAUGGCCAGAGGCGUCCGUUUCUACAACGUGGUGCCAGACUCCUCUGUGUUAGUGAUCUACUUUUACUAGGGAGGGCAACAAUUGAAGAGUCACGCAGUCUUAUUCACUGGCUAGACACUGAGGAAGGCUUUGGAAAGAUGGGUGUUUGUGGGCUUAGUAUGGGAGGAGUACAUGCUUCGAUGGUUGGUUCGCUUCAUCCAACACCAGUUGCAACACUUCCAUUCCUAUCUCCACACUCUGCGGUUGUUGCAUUCUGCGAGGGAAUACUAAAGUAUGGAACCGCUUGGGAGGCACUGAGGGAGGAACUUGCAGCAGAGAAGAUCACAAUGACACUAGAUGAAGUGAGAGAGCGGAUGCGAAAUGUCCUCUCCCUCACAGAUGUCACUCGCUUCCCUAUCCCCAAGAACCCCGAUGCUGUUAUCUUUGUUGCUGCAACUGAUGAUGGAUACAUACCGAAACACUCUGUGUUGGAGCUUCAAAAGGCAUGGCCUGGUUCAGAAGUGAGAUGGGUAACAGGUGGACACGUAUCCUCCUUUCUGCUGCACAAUGGUGAGUUUCGUAGAGCAAUCGUGGACGGUCUCGAUAGAUUGGAGUGGAAGGAGUCAUGGUGACUUAAUAACAACACAUAUACAUCACACAACCCCUUUGUAACACAACAAAGGGAGGGGUCAUUAUGUAAAUGUCUAAAUCUCCUCGUGUUGUAUGUAUGUUUUAAGAAGAAAGAAAAUUCUUUUCGCUUUCGAAAGUGGUGGGCUCUAAUAUUCAUUUGUCUUGUAUUGUUUGUGUCCCAACACAUAGCAACCAUUUUUGGUGUUUUCACUCAUUACAUUCCCCAUUAUUAAAGUCUUUAACACUAUUUUUUUC